ACCAUAUUGGAUGUCUAAUAACAACCAUAACCUCACUCUUCGCUCAAUCCUCGACAAAGAUAAGUUGACCGGAUCUAACUUCUUAGACUGGAAAAGAAACCUCGUUAUCGUUCUUCGACUCGAGAAGAAAGAAUAUGUGCUUGAACGAGCCAUCCCACCUGUCCCAGCCGCCAAUGCUUCAAGAGCAAUCAAGGAUACUUAUGAGAAGCAUGUUGAUGAUGACAAUCAAGUGGCAUGUCUCAUGUUGGCUACGAUGACUUCUGACCUUCAGAAACAUCAUGAGAGUAUGAAGGCGUACGAUAUGAUCAUACACCUAAGACAGCUCUACCAAGGACAAGCUAGACAUGAGAGAUUUCAAAUCUCCAAAGCUCUCUUUAGUUGCAAGUUGUCAGUUGGAAACCCCGUUGGUCCGCAUGUUCUCAAGAUGAUUGGCUACGUCCAAACUCUUGAGAAAUUGGGUUUCGAACUAAGGACUGAACUUAUGCUGCAAACUGCUGAAGAGAGCUUGACGAAAGGAAAUGGGAAUUCUGUCCUUCUAGUUCAAGGAGGAAAAGGCAAGAAGAAGUUCAAGAAAGCAAAGAAGAAUGGACCUAAAGGCAAGGGUAACACCGAACCAAAGUCAAAUUCUUCUAAGCUCAAGCCUAAAGGUGGAGUGGCCAAAGAUUCCAUUUGUCAUCACUGUGGUGAAGUUGGCCACUGGAAGAGGAAUUGCAAGCAGUAUUUGGCAAACAAGAAAAAGGGUGAAGCUUCUGCUUCAGACUCUGAAAGGAAAGAGCACUUGGAAACUGUUCCAAAACGAUUCCUUCCUUAAAUAACAAGUAAUGAAAGUAAGUCUCAUAU